AUGCGAGCUUCUUCAUCUUCUUCGUAUGGUAAUUCACUCGCAGCGACCAGUUUGGCCAACAGAGUAAGGACCAUCUUCAAGAAAGCUUACGAGCUUUCGACUCUGUGUGGCAUUGAGGUUUGCGUCAUCCUCUACGGACCAUCCGGGAAGCUGAAGACGUGGCCUGCGGAGAAAGAGAAAGUGGAAGACAUGGCUUUGAGGUACAGAGCGGCCACAAAACGCAAGAAGAGCCUCAAUCUUCAUGAGUUCCUCAAGGAGAAGGAGAAUAAUCCGAAAAAGGAUAAUCCGAAGAAGAAGAAGAAGAAGAAAGAUUUGAAUAGCGGAGUCAAGUAUCCUGAUUGGUAUCCAAUCUUUGAUCAUUACUCUCCCCACCAACUCUCUCAAUUGGUUAUGUCUCUAGAACAAACUCUCUCUACGCUGCAAGAAAGGCUUCGUUUUGUUGAGGCGCAGAAACAGAGGAACACAAACUUUGUUCACCAGAAUUUAUCAACACCAUCUUCGUCUCUGAACCAGCAUCAUCACCAAUAUCAGACCCAACCCUUGCUUCCUAGCCAGUUCUCGCCAUCUAUGUAUGGUCAACGCAUCAAUCACUUGAUGCUGCAGCAGAAUCUUUGUGGUCUUGACAACAACAUCACCAACACAAACUUUCAACACCCUUAUGUCUUUAACACACUCUCUACAUCUCGUUCCAAUCAACUCAGCAAUAACCAAAAUCAUCAGUUGAUGCAGCUUUAUGAUCUUGGUCCCAACAUCACCAACACAGACUUUCAAAACCCUUGCCUCUCUAACACACAAGGUUACCCACUCUUGCUUCAAGCACCAGAAUCUUCGUUGAAUAACAACGGGCUUGUGCAGCACCCGAUGAUGCAGAAACAAGAGCCUUCUGGUUUUGAUCACAACAUGCGUAUCACCAACAACAACGUUCUAGAACAUACUCAUCUCUCAAACACAGUUUCAGAUGAGCCCCGUUAUGAUUUCCAGAAGAACCCUGAUGGUGGUAUGGUCGGUAGCAGUAGCUUCUCUCAAGAUUUUGGAGCUUUGUGA